GCUCUUCAAAGGUCUACUGAUGAGCCACUAUUUAAAUCACCUGUGCUGGGGCAUUGAAUCCAAAACCUACAGAGCAGGGUGACUGACUCCUUAGGGGAAGGCUCUGUUACUACUACUCUUUAAUCCUUUGACUUAUUAGUGACAGCUGAAAAGCUGUUGUUGUCGUCGGAUCACCCAUGCUUGGCAAGCUCCACACAGACUUGUUGAUCACUGUAGCUCUAAUCUUUUUGGCUCCUUUGGACUGCAUGUACAGAGCUGAAAAUGAUUUGUCUUUGGUAAAAUUACCAGGGUGGAAGGACACCGCAGAUUAUGUUGGCCGGUGUUUCGACAGCCAACAUGGGAAUCUGACUUGUGACUGGACAAGCAGCCAAGCAGGAGAUGUUACAAUGGAAAUACUGGCAAGCCACCCACUGACUAUCACUGGCAAGGCUUGCUUGGAGUUCUGGCAUCUGGCUUCAGGCGUCUCUAGUGGCACUACAUUACGUGCUUUGCUCAAAAGUGGCUUGAGGCAAGUGGAAAUCUGGACUUCUCCUCCGCUCCCCAGAGAUGCAUGGAGACAAGUCUCAGUGCCCCUGAACCUCACCGAACCAGGCACUCAGGUCAUAUUUGAAGCUGUCCAUCCACUGACUGUAGAUCAGACUACAUUAAAACAGAUUGGCAUAAGAAGUGGAUCAUGUAGAAACCAGUGUGACUCAAACACUGACCUGUGGACUGGUGACUCCACACGCUGCCUGUGCUCAGUUGGGCAGCUGUUCUGCUUUCUCUCUCAUUGCCCUAAGGGCCAAAUAUGUGGUCCUCAAAGAGAUGAACCCAGGAAACUUUCCCCUUCGGGCAUGUGCACUAUUCACAGCAACACGGAUUGUCACACCUUUGAUGGUGCAUUGUUCCGCUUCACCUCCCCCUGCACAUAUGUACUGGCCAAAACGUAUUCAGCAUCUAAAGCUCUGCCAAAAUUUGCAGUUGAGGUAGUCAACAUACAAACAGGCAAUGUGUCGCAGCCUACCAUACAGCAAAUCAAUGUAAACCUGGGGAAUAUGAGGGUAUCCUUGCUAAAGAGUCAGACUCACUGGGUUGUGGUGAAUGGCAUCUGGCGAGAGCUUCCACUAAACCUGAACAACAAUACAAUCCAUAUUGAGAGCAACGCUGCUGCCAUAGUAGUGGGAAGCAGUUCUGGAGUAUCUGUUUCCUUUGACAAUACUGGGGCUCUUCAGCUCAGAAUUCCAUUACAAUAUUCUGAUAGGGUUUGUGGCUUGUGUGGCAACUUCAAUCAGCUCCCAGGAGACGACUUGCUGAAGCCUGAUGGCACAAAAGCUGAAAGCGCCACAGCUUUGGCUGAGAGUUGGCAAACUGGGGGAAAUGUCUCCUCCUGUGAAGCCAUUCAAGUACUGCAACAGUGUAACCCACAGGAUGAGGCUCAUUAUAGCAGUGAGAAUUACUGUGGACUCCUUCGUUCUGGCUCUGGGCCCUUUGCAUCCUGUCUGCCAGAUGUAGGUGCAGAGAGCUAUUUCCAUGCUUGUUUACUUGGCUUGUGUUCUGCUCGUGGUGAUCAAAAAGUACUAUGUGAAGCAUUGAAAGCCUAUGCAGAUGUCUGCCAAGAGGCUGGAAUUGCCAUACCCACAUGGAGGAACUCUACUUUCUGCUCGCUCGAGUGUGGUGAGAACAGCCAUUAUAAUUCAUGUGCUGAUGGCUGUCCAGAGGUGUGCUCCGGUCUAGAUCAAAUGGGUUUAUGUGGUAGCUGUGAGGAAAGAUGUGAGUGCGACCCUGGGUUCAAGCUCAGUGGGGAUAAGUGUGUCCCAGCAGAGCAUUGUGGGUGCUGGUAUAAUGGAAAACACUAUGAGAGAGGGGGAAUGACUGUGGAAGCAGACUGUGUGCAACAGUGCCGAUGCAUUGGCAAUGAUGCCAUGCAAUGCACUCCAAUGACGUGUGCAAGUGAUGAAGUUUGUAAAGAAAAAUAUGGCAUCAAAGGCUGCUUCCCGUUCAAACCUGCCACUUGUAGUGUGUAUGGCGAUCCACAUUAUGUUACCUUUGACAAACUGGCUUACAGCUUUCAAGGAGGCUGUGCUUACACUCUCACUACAACAUGUGGCAGGCACAGCACAGUUCAGUUCACUGUAAUUGGCUUCAACAUCCACCCUGCUGGACAAAAUUUUACUAGAGCUAAACUUGAAGCUGUGGUUCUUCAGCUUGAUGGACUGGAUCUCACCUUGAAUCAGAGCGGCCAAGUUAAUGUCCAUGGUGUCUCUGUCAGACUUCCUUAUUCAACCAAUGGGUCAUAUGGCUCAGUGUGGAUCUAUGUGAAGAAGGAUUACACCAUUCUGGAGACUACCUUUGGCUUGAAAUUGUGGAUAGAUGGACACAGCAGGUUAUUCUUGCAAGUGGAUGAACGUUACAAAUAUGAACUCUGUGGUCUGUGUGGCACCUACUCUGGAUAUCAGGAGGAUGACUUCAUGAUGCCGGGAGGCCAAAUUGCCUCUGAAUCAUUUGAAUUUGGUGACAGCUGGAGAACUCAUACUAAUGAAGAAUGCAUGGCCCAUCCAAAUGAUCCUAGAGAAUGCGACAAUGAUGGGACUGUGGCCAAUGAGGAAUGUUCCAUGGUGUUUCAUGGGGCCUUUGAGGCCUGCCAUGAGUACGUUCACCCAAGCAUCUACUUUAGCAAUUGCGUAUACGACUAUUGUGCCACAAGUGGUGAUCAGUCCACUUUUUGCGAAUCCCUGAAAUCUUAUGCCACAGCAUGCCAAGUUGAAGGAGUGGAACUCUCAAGCUGGCAAAUUGGCACAGCAUGUGAUUUCUCAACUGUAGUUCCAACAAAUCCAGGCACUACAUCUCCAAACAUCAAUUCCUGUCCCCUUGACUGCAGCUUUGACACAAGUAUCUGUGGAUGGGAGCAGCUCAUUCAAGACAGUUUUGACUGGACAAGACAUUCUGGAUCUACACCAUCAAAUUUCACAGGACCAAACCAGGACCACACCACAGGAGCUGGUUAUUACAUGUACCUUGAGGGAGAUGAUGUAACCCAUGGAGAUUCUGCUCGACUGUUGAGCCAAUCAUGCCAGCUUGAUGGCCCGAUCUGCUUUCACUUCUGGUACUACAUGCUUGGUUCAGCCACCAGUAUGGUUCUGAAUGUCUAUCAACUCCAAGGUAAUAAGGCUACAAAGGUUUGGGGUAUAAUCGACAACAAAGGAUCUGAGUGGCAAUUGGGGAAAGCUGACCUGAAAAUAUCUGGUCCAUUCAAGUUAAUAAUUGAGGGAAUUCGAGGCUCCACUGCUCAGUCAGACCUGGCUAUAGAUGACAUUGCUAUUACUUCUGGGUCAUGCUUGGAUGCCUUCCCCAAUGUAACUGGAACUGCACUACCUUUCAGAACUACAAAAUCACACCAAAUCUGCAAUUUUGACUGUAGCUUCCAGAACGGCUUAUGCACUUGGCGACAGAUGAUCACUGACGCAUUUGAUUGGGAAAGGAACUAUGGCUCCACCCCUACUGAGAUGACUGGUCCCUCUAGCGACCACACUGGUGAUGGCCACUACAUCUAUAUUGAGUCUACGAACGUGACAUAUGGUGACGCAGCUCGUCUUAUCAGCUCCCAGUGUGCAAACACUGGUCCUCAGUGUCUGCAGUUCUGGUACCAUAUGUAUGGAUCAGCAGACAGAAUGGGCCUCAAUAUUUACCUUUUUGAGAACAACAUAGCUAAGGCAGUCUGGAAGGAGAUGAACAACCAUGGCAAUAUGUGGCACUUGGCCCAGGUUGAUCUAAACACAACUGCAGUGUUUCAGAUUAUCUUUGAGGGACAGAGGGGUUCCAAUGAUCAAUCAGAUGUGGCCAUAGAUGAUAUUACACUGCACCAAGGAAGAUGUUCAGAUCUGAGUGGCAUAGGUACAGUUCUUCUUGCUAAAUCUGAAUUUAAAACGACAUCCAGCCCAAGUGUCAAUUCACCCACCAUGAUGGCUUCAGAACCCACAAUAGGAAAUGUUACAGCGCCCCCCCGUGUCACUUCUCUUGGCACAACAGCUCUGGAGGCCCCCAUGCUGAAUGGCACAGCCGAGGUACCAACACUGAAUGAUGUGCCUCAUACAAUUAAACUAAUUACCAUCAAUAUGGAGAAUACAACUAAAACUCCUGAUCAAGCCAAACACCCAGUAUGCCAUCUUGACUGUGACUUUGAAAAAGAUUUUUGCCAAUGGAGUCAGAUGCUCCCUGAUGUGUUUGACUGGGAAAGGCGUAAUGGUUCUACCCCUACACUGAUCACUGGUCCCCUCUCAGAUCACACCACAGGAGAUGGCCACUAUCUCCACAUUGACGCGAGCAUGGCAUCACUAGGGGACACUGCUCGUCUUAUUGGCACAGAAUGUUCAGACACUGGCCCACAAUGUCUAACAUUCUGGUAUCGUAUGUCUGGCUCUGACACAAUGGGUCUUCAUGUAUACCUGCUUCAAGACAAACAGGCUACUAACUUAUGGAGAAGAAGAAAUGACCAAGGAAAUGUGUGGCAUCUUGCUCAGGUGGACCUGGUGGGAAAUGGGACAUUUCAGAUCAUUUUUGAGGGCCGAAAUGGCACCACUGAAUCUGGUGUAGCUUUGGAUGACAUAAAACUUCAUCGUGGAGGCUGCCAAGAUUUGGUCAACCCAGCAACUGUGGCACCAGAAACCUGGACUACAACAAAUGCCCCUGAGGUUCCAGCACCCUCCAAUGAGACUGGAUUGCAUACUCCAACUACACAAAGCAAUGCUACUGCUAGACCACAGGUUCCAGCUACAACCAGCUCAGCACCCUCCAAUGAGACAAGGCCACAACCUUCACCCACAGGUGGGCCUCAUCCCCCAACUGUGCAAGGCAAUGCUACUGCUGGGCCCCAUGUUCCAGCUACAACCAAUGCAGCACCCACCAAUGAGACUGGGCCACAUCCCCCAACUGCACAAGGCAAUGCUACUACUGGGCCCCAGUUUCCAGCUCCAACCAACCAAGGACCCUCCAAUGAGACUGAACCCCAGCCUUCACCCACAGGUGGACCACAUCCUACAACUGCACAAGGCAAUGCUACUGCUGGGCCCCAGGUUCCAGCUCCAACCAACCAAGCACCCUCCAAUGAGACUGAACCCCAGCCUUCACCCACAGGUGGACCACAUUCUACAACUGCACAAGGCAAUGCUACUGCUUGGCCCCAGGUUCCAGCUCCAACCAACCAAGCACCCUCCAAUGAGACUGAACCCCAGCCUUUACCCACAGGUGGGCCACAUUCUAUAACUGCACAAGGCAAUGCCACUGUUUGGCCUAAAUUUCCAGCUCCAACCAACCCAGCACCUUCCCCAGAGACCGGUUUACAGCCUCCAAAUUCAACUACAUCACAAACACCUAAAAUUCCACCCACAAGUGAACCACAAGUACCAACAUUGAGGCCGGACCUUUCCAUUAAUCCUACAAUGAGACCCCAACAAACUGUUCCACAACCAGAAAUGCCACAUGUUUCAACACCCUCUUGUGCAGAAAACAGUCACUACACUACUUGCAUUCCUGCAUGCAGCCCUACAUGCGAAAACCUGACUGGUCCACUACACUGCAGUUCAGAGAUUUCUUGUGCAUCAGGAUGUGUAUGUGAUGAUGGCUUUGUACAAAAAGGGAGUGUUUGUGUGCCUGUCCAAAAAUGUGGAUGUAUUGACAGGAAUGGUGAAACUCACCAGUUCAAUGAAGUAUGGUACACCAGUCACUGCAGGCAGAAAUGUGAGUGUGAAGAAGAUGCCGGUGAGGGAAAGACUGACUGCAAAGACAAAGAUGGGUGUGAAGAUGAUGCUGUGUGCCUUCAACUUGAAACGGGCAAAUAUUAUUGCAAGUCUACAGACUUUGGUGAAUGCGUCAUCCAGGGAGACCCACAGUACAAAACAUUUGAUAAACUGAAACAUAAUUUUAGUGGGACCAACUUGUAUGUGCUGGUCAGAACCAAAAAUUUGCCAAAGAAUCUCCCAGAAAUCUAUAUAGAGAGCACAAAUGCAUGCGCUGACAGCAGUGAGGAAAUGGAGAGAAGUGAAAUCAGUGGAGAUGUUGAUGAGGAGCACAAACGAAUAUUGCAGGAGCUUAAAGUUAAAGUCUACAAUCACACCGUAGAACUUAAGCACAAGAGGAAAGUGUUUGUGGAUGGACAAAAAAUUAAAGCUUCAGGUUCAGCAGCUCCUGGCCUUGAGAUCCAAAUGCAUUCUUCUCGUAUCUACCUAAAGACAGAUUUUGGUCUGUCUGUGGGGUUCAAUGGACACUGUAAAACUGAUAUCAUUCUGCCGUUCCUUUAUAAAAGGAGAGUGGAAGGCUUGUGUGGAAACUUUGAUGGCCGAAAGACGAAUGACAAAGUGAAACCAGAUGGAACUAUUGCCAAGAAUACACAAGAGUUUGGCGAAAGCUGGAGAGUGUAUAUCUAAGACUACAUUUUCAUGUUUCAUCUCUAACAUUGUAAAAACAUCCUUGGAGGUAGUGUGGUACUUGCCUUUAAAUUUUCAAACUGGCUUUGCUCUGAGUGUUCCAGUUUUCUUUGAAUCAAUGUUUAUCUGCAACUUGAUCUCGUGGUCAUUUGUAAAAGUUUGUGGUUCGUGCUGUUAAAAUACUGUGAUUUGAAUUAGUCAUCGAGUAUAAAUGCAAGAAACAUGAAUAUGUCAAUACAACUAAAUGUACAGUAAUGUAUAUUUCAGAUGCAGUAUGCUUAUUUCUGACACUUCAGUUUAAUAAACUCAGAUGAAACGAUCAUUU